GUUGUUGAUAGGGUGCCAAAAGACAGCUGGAGGAGAAGGUAGAAUGGGAGGCAAACUGCAUUUUUGCACCACGUUCUUUACAACUACUUUAUGCCUGGUGUUUCUGCUCUACCCGCCCUGGAACUAUGCAAAGAGGCGCUGGAGAAGACAACUGAAGGCUUCACCGCUGAAGCUGGUGGAGAAGUACGACGAUUAUGAGGACUCUCUUCAUCCCCAUAGUGCACACUACCAGAAGAAUGACCGGUGUCCACCACCAUCACAGACCUUGCCAGAACGAGCAUGUGAAGCACCCAGCUGUCGGUCGGACUCUGAAUGCGAGAAGCACAAACGCUGUUGCUAUAAUGGAUGCAUCUAUGCCUGUUUAGAAUCGGUGCCACCACCCCCAGUUUUAGAUUGGCUGAUUCAGCCCAAACCUCGCUGGUUGGGUGGAAAUGGCUGGCUCUUGGAUGGACCAGAAGAAGUCCUACAAGCUGAAACAUGCAGCACCACUGAGGAUGGAGAUGACCCCCUGCAUUGUCCAACAGGAUUUGAAUGCCACAUCAUCCAUCCCGGGAAUGCCGCCGAGGGCAUCCCCAACCAGGGGCAGUGCAUCAAGCUACGUGGGAACUCCGAUGGAUGGAAUCUAAGACCCAAAUACUACAAGGACUAUUUUGGACACAGUUCCAGCAAUGGAUUUGGAUACGUGAAGCAAACGCAGAAGCACCUUGGUUAAUUCAAGAAGAAUUCUUUGGACUGGUCAUGUGUGAUCUCAAAGGGAAAAUAAGAACAUUGGAUAGGCAAAGGAUAAACCCUAACCAAGUGAGAAUAAAGCCAGGAGAAUGUACAUGUUUAAUCUGUUCAUUGCCAGACUAUUUUGAAUUUCUUUUCAAUAUGCCUCAAAUAAACUUACUGCCGGGGAAAGGGGUUAGAUGGUCUCCAGUUCGUAUCAUUAGA